UAAUAUUUUCACCGUAUAUAAUCUCUUAUUUUGUUCUCUCUCUUGGCAACAAUCGUUGCAGAUCAACGUGGUUUACAACGUUUCUUACAUUUUAUCCAGAGUCGAAUCGUUUAAAAUUUUAUUAAAACAUCGUUGAUCUUAGUUGAAUCGUUCGACUUCGUAUGUAGCAACAUAUCACUGACCAUGACGUUGUUUUAAUCAGUUGUUUCAAAAGAAGCCAAACAUGACGGAGGACAUGUUAGGUGCAGAUAUCUGUAGGGUCUGUCGCUCUGAAGGCCUUGCAGAUAGACCUCUGUUUCAUCCUUGUAUUUGCACAGGCAGUAUUAAAUGGAUACAUCAGGAAUGUUUAAUACAAUGGAUGCGUUAUUCACGUAAAGAAUAUUGUGAACUUUGUGGAUAUCGUUUUUCAUUUACCCCAAUUUAUAGUCCAGACAUGCCACGUCGUGUACCAUUGAAAGAUGUGAUUGGUGGAUUAAUUUCUAGCAUCGUAAGAGCAGUAAAAUACUGGUUACAUUAUACUUUGGUCGCAAUUGCUUGGCUUGGUAUUGUUCCAUUGACUGCAUGCAGGACUUACAGAGCUUUGUUUAGUGGACCUCUUGAUCUAGUUAGGAUAAUGUCAUUGCCAAUGGACAUUUUGUCUACAGAAAAUAUAUCUUCAGAUGUGUUUCACGGAUGUUUUGUAGUCACCUGCACUCUGUUUGCAUUUAUUGGUAUUGUAUGGUUACGAGAACAAAUUUUACAUGCUGGAGGUCCUGAUUGGCUUGAAAGGGAUAAUGUACAAUUGCCCCCUGUUGAUAAUCCACCACCUCAUGUAGAAGUUCCUGCACAACAACAUCAAGAACAAAGAGCUCUUCGACAACAAGAGAUACAAGACAAUAACAAUGUUCCACCUUUUGUUGAUGACCCACCAAUUCUGCCCAAUCACUCAAAUAAUGAUAAUUUGAGAAAUGUAGAAGGGCAAAGAGCAGAGGAAAUUGAUUUGUCUAAUAAUCAAAGAAUAGGUGAUGGGGAGGGAAUUGGUGGUAGAGACGUUGAACAGCACAUAGCCGAUAGAAGCGGUGCUGAACAACAAGUAGAACAACCUCAUAGAGAUAUGGAAGCUAGAAACGUGGAACAACCAGUACCACCUAGAGACGAAUUGGCUGCAGACGCUGAGCAAGCAAAUGUGGGAGGUGGUGAAGGAUGGAGAGAUCAAGUUCAAGGUCAAGCACAAGGAGAAGCAGAAGAAGCAAACUGGAUUCCAUUGGAGUGGGACAGACCAGCAGAAGAAUUGACUUGGGAACGUCUUUUAGGUCUAGACGGAUCCCUCCUUUUUCUGGAACAUGUAUUUUGGGUUGUUUCGCUAAAUACUCUAUUUAUUAUGGUGUUUGCUUUCUGCCCGUAUCACAUCGGUAGUUUUGCCAUAACGGGUCUGGGAUUACAAGAGUACGCGGCUGCAUCACACUUCGAAGGAUUAGUUACUACGUUAUGUGGUUAUUGUGUCAUUGGAGUCUGUUUGGUAGUUCUUCAUACGCUGGCUGCCCUUUUAGGGUUCCAACGCUCUCAGCGUAUAUUGGGUUUAUGUUACGUCAUCGUAAAAGUUUCUCUGCUAAGCGUCGUCGAGAUUGGUGUACUUCCUUUGGUUUGCGGCUGGUGGUUAGACAUUUGUUCGUUAGCAAUGUUCGACGCCACGCUUAGAGACAGGGAAUCUUCAUUUAGGCUAGCCCCUGGUACCUCAAUGUUCAUACAUUGGCUGGUAGGAAUGAUUUAUAUAUACUAUGUUGCUUCGUUUAUUUUGCUGUUACGAGAAGUGUUGCGGCCAGGAGUGUUAUGGUUUUUAAGAAAUCUGAACGAUCCAGAUUUUUCUCCUAUCCAAGAAAUGAUUCAUCUUCCAAUUUUAAGACACGUAAGAAGACUUGUGACAUCCGCGGUUAUAUUUGGAACCGCUAUUUUAUUAAUGUUAUGGUUACCAGUGAAACUUUUAAGAUGGGCUUGGCCAGGAUUUCUACCAUACACAGUGACUGUUCAAAGCGAAGCUCAGGUCAGCGAAUUAUCAUUAGAACUGCUACUACUUCAAGUCAUUCUUCCCGCACUACUGGAACAAUCGCAUACGCGAACAUGGUUGAAAGCUUUGAUAAGAGGCUGGUGCCGAGUGGUAGCCUGGAUAUUAGAUAUUCAGUCGUAUCUUUUACGAGACCAGACCGAAGAUCCGGACCCAGCAGUAAUCGAAGAACCUCAACAUCCAGAUUUAGGUGCCGCACAUCAAGCAUUAUCGCAACGAGAAGCACCUAAAGGAUUUCAACCGUAUACCAGACCACGGUGGUUCCCUGCUCGGCUAGUUGGUCUUUUAUUUUGCGUUUGCAUUUCUCUUGUCAUUGCUAGCUUAAUCGCAAUGACUCUUCCUGUUUGGCUUGGACGUAGAGUUAUGGCCUUAUGGAUGGUCGGAGCUCCGGCUCCGUCUCCGCCGGUCUUACCACCUACUUUAAGUGGAUCUGAAACUAACGAAGCAACAGUUGCUCUAUCUGGACGAGUACAUGAGGUGUACACUGUGGCAUGUGGAACGUAUGUAUGUUGGGCCGCUGCAAGAGGAUUAGCUUUAGCAUAUUUCUGGUUACCUCGUGGUCGAAGAGCUGUUCUAGACAGAGUAAAACAUUGGGCAAUCAUAGGAGUCAAAGCAUCGGUAGCAUUUUUCCUACUUGUUGGCCUAAUACCGCUUUUGUUUGGUCUCCUUCUUGAAUUAGUCGUUGUAGUACCUUUACGCGUACCAUUAGAACAAAAUCCCAUUUUGUUUAUCUGGCAAGAUUGGGCCUUGGGUGUUUUAUAUACGAAGAUAGCAACCGCUAUUACCAUGAUGGGGCCAGACUGGAGGAUCCGUCUUGCGAUUGAACGAGCAUACAAUGAUGGUAUUAGGGAAAUAGAUUUAAAAUUUAUUGUAACGGAAUUAGCAGCGCCGGUAAUAUGUUGUUUUGGUCUUGCUUUGGCUGUUCCCUAUGCCGUAGCUUACGGAAUUAUACCGCUUCUGAUCACAAAUUUACAAACGCAAAUACUUAUCGCUAGACAUUUAUAUCCUUUCCUUUUACUAGUAAGUUUGGUGUGUAUUGUUAUCUAUUUCCAAAUCCGACAAUUCAAAAAACUUUAUGAACACAUAAAGAACGAUAAAUAUCUCGUUGGGAAAAGACUCGUAAAUUACGAACAUCGAAAUAAAUCUCAAUCGCAACAACAGCCACAAGCAUCAAGCUAACGCCCUAGGUAUAAUUAUUUCUUAACGGUGAUGUGAAAUUAACGAAAAAUUCUUUGAUGUACAUUCUCGCGCUUAAUUAUAACAAGCGUUAACUUAUGUUAAUUAUACUUUAAUACUUUCUAUUAUAAUUUAUUGAUGUAAGCGAUACUAAAUAAAUUAAAAAGACUGUUAUUCGAUGUAUCGCUUUUGCGUUUGAUACAUUGCUGAAUGCUGAUAUUUUUUUAUUCGAAUUAACGAAGAUACAUUGCUUGAAGAUACACAACAAUCAACAUCUUGUGCGGUAACGAAUAGAUACGAUUUCAAGAAAUCUAAGAUCAAAGUUGUUAUUUCUUUUACUACUGAUUGAAUAAAUCAUUUUUUGAGUAGAUUGUGAGUAAAUGAAUAUUUGAUCUUUCAAGAUAACGCGUACAAAAUUUAAUCGAAGUUGCAUCACGCGUUUAGAGUCAUUAUGAAAGUAAAACUACGUUUUAACUGAAAAUUUGUUAGUUACGAAAUAACAUAGACAUAUUUUACUGUACAACAUUAACGUUUAACAUAGACUUGUAUGAAAUUAAAGAGAAAAAUUUAUACUCUGAUCAUAAUAAAAUCAAGUCGUAUUUCUAACUCCUCUAAUGUGAUAAAUUUCAACAAUUUCGGCUAAUUAUUUCCUACUUUAUGCGUGGUAUACAUAAUUUUAUGUACAAAGUUAGAUACAAGUAAGCAUUAUUUAUUUGUAUACGUACUAAUUGUUUAGAAACGAACGAAAAUAGCCGACUAUAAACAUGUAAAGACAUUUCCGCGAUGUACAUUAAAACACAUGUGAAAUAAAGAAUAUCCUUGAGAAGAAA